AUGCCGAAAGUGAUUCCUCUGUCGACGGUCUCGUAUUUGGUUUGCGGCAUGGUUGAAUAUUUCAUGGAAAAUGCUGGUGACACAGAGGAAAGGCUCAAAGAAAUUGGAUAUGAAGUUGGCAUAAGAAUGCUUGAGGUACACGGAUUUGAGAGGGAAGUGUAUGUUCCAACCCUUCUGUAUCGGAUUGCAUUUGAUUUGCUUCCACAUGUCAACACUAGCGACAGAAGGAUUGAGAAAAGCAAUCCCAGCGAUGGAGUAUAUCUACUAAUGGAUAUGGACGGUGCUUUUUCAAGGUUCAUGUCUGUGCCGCAGAGCUGGGAUGGAUUUUCCGCAGAUUCUGUUGUUUGUGGGUUUGUAGAAGCAGCGUUUGCAGCAUCUGGGCAUCAAGCAAAUGUUGUUGUGUUUCCAAGCCCUACUGAAAGAUAUCCGAACAGAAUUGUGUUUCAGAUAAGCUGCUUGAAAUAG